UGGAAUUUUACCCAGAACCAGGUCAACUUAUAAGUAUGACAUGAACCCAACCGGUCACGGAAAAUGGAUUUCGAUUGUUUUCCUGAGGCUUGCAAGGCUUACCUUUGAGCUAUCACUUCAUCAAGGAACGCUUGGAAGAAGCCUUAGUGUUGGACUUGAUCCGUGCCAAUGCCUUCGAAUCGGAGAAGAUCGCCAGGGCCCUGGCCAGCUGGAUGAGCUUCCGCUUGGAACUUCCGAAGGACGACCUGAUCCGAGGCGGAGACCAUGUGAUUCUGCGACAUUUGAAGGACUCGAUGUGUCGUUUGGAGCUCAACCCACAAGACCAGCACUUGGGCCCCGCCAAGACGCAUCCCACAGCCUUCCGUCUGGAGAUCGACACUGGCCACAAGCGGAACGGCAGUUCCGGGCGAGCACCCAGUCCCAACCACCUCCGCUCUGGUGACAGCUUCUUCCUUCGUUCCCCCAGCGGCGCUCACCUGGGACCCGUGAACCACUGCUUCGACGCCGCCCGCGAGUCCCUGCGCUUCGCGCCGGCGCGGCGCUUGACGGUGCGCAAGCUGAGUCCUUACCGAGAAAACACCAAAGGCGAUUUCCUGUGCUUCGGAGAUCACCUGCAACUGUUUUCCACCAGCCAAACCACGGAGUCCAAUGCGAAAAGAGCUUUGUCCGUGAGAUUCGAGCCAGAGCUCGUGCAGAGUGAGCUCGAGAUCGAACUCAAAGAUGUGGUGCGGAAGGUCAUCGACCAGGACCUGUUGAUCGAUGAAUUGGGCCAGCUUCGUGUCAAGGACGUGUGCCGCGUGCGCGGCCGCCUGAUCGGCGGCGGAAGCUGCCGAAGCGGCGCAAGCACGUCGUCGGAGUGGAAGAGCCGCUGUGCGAAGUUGACGGGCAACUGGGCGAUUGAUUGCGAAAGUUUGGUCUCCAAUCCCAUCGUGUAGGCUUCAAAACAUG